AUGGAUUUGAAAAUAGUUUGUUGGAAUAUUCGUGGUUUGAAUGACUUGAACAGAAGGGAUAUUGUAAAGAAGAAGGUCAGGGAUUGGAAGCCAUCUAUUUUACUUCUUCAAGAAACAAAAUUACAGCUUUGCACAGAUUUAAUUGCUUGGCAUUGCUGGGGAAAUAAACAUGUGAAAUGGAUUGAUUCUCCAUCUCAAGGAAGCUCAGGUGGUAUUUUAUUCUUUUGGGAUUCUUCCAAAAUUGAAGUUACUGACUUUCUCAUGGGUCCCUUUUCUAUUACUUUGUUGUGUAAAACAAUUUCUUCAUCUUUUCAAUGGAUGUUUACUGGCAUUUACGCGCCCUGUGCUUCCUACACUGAAGAUGUGAAGCUUUUUUGGAGAGAAAUAAAAGAAGUAAGAAGUUUCUGGCAAUACCCAUGGGUGAUUAGAGGGGAUUUUAAUGAAAUCAGAUUUUGUCAUGAAAGAUAUAUGGGAAGUGAUUACACUGAUGGAAUGGAGAGAUUUAACAGAUUCAUUCCUAAGCAUCAUCUUAUCGAUUUACCUUUGAUUGGAGCAACUUAUACAUGGACAAACAAUCAAGUUCAAAGUGUUAAAAUCCGAAUUGACAGGUUGUUAAUUUCUUUAUCAUGGGAGUUGGAGUUUCCAAAUGUAAUUCAACAAGCUCUUCCUCAUCCUGUCUCUGAUCAUAGCCCUAUAGCCCUGAUUUGUGAUGGUUUGAAGCGUGGUCCACCUCCUUUCUGCUGUGAGUUAUUUUGGUUUUCUCAUCAUGAUUUUUUUUCACUAAUUAAGAAUUGGUGGGAGUCUUUUUCUGUUGCAGGAAAUCCUGGAUUUGUAUCUUGCAAAAAAAUUCAGAUGUUAAAGCCUAAGCUAAGAGAGUGGAGCAAGCAAGAGUAUGGAGAAUUAGAAAGAAAGCUGGAGGAUUUGGAGAAAAUCUUCACCAACUUGGACAUUGAAGAAAAUUUGCAGAAUGGUCUUACAAGUGCUUAA